UCAAGCUAUCCCCAGCCCAGCCAGCCCCCAUCAAGCUAUCCCCAGCCCAGCCAGCCCCAGUGGAGCUAUCCCCACCCCAACCGGUUGGUUGGUCAGCAGUCGGACUCCCAGACGAGAUGGAGAUGAGUAUGGAAGAGGAUGACCUCUUCAGGGAUCUUCCAAUGCCAGAGGAAGUGGGUCCCAUCCCAGAGUAUGUCCUUGCCCCUAAGGCUCUUACUGCAGCCGCCACGGCUGUCCCCCAGACCAGUGCAGUGAAGCUGGCAUCCUGGAACAAYGAGCCGCUGGAUGAGGACACACAGGAACUCUUCAAUGACCCCCCUCCUCAGAAUGUCAGCCAGCCGGCGAAGAGAAAACUACCGGACUGGGCUGAACUACCAAGAGGUUCAAGUUCGUUGGCCUGUACAAAGAAAACCAAAAAGAACAAAGGACUUUUUUCGUAACUGACCAGUGACCAACAAAUUAUUCUUACUGACCAAAUGUUUCUUAUUUUCUUUAUUACAAAAUGGCAAAUAAGGUGUUCAUGUCCAACUUAACAAUGUAACAUAGCAGACUAAUUCAUGUAAAACAUGUAAUUAUGUAAUACUUCUUGUAAUAAAGGUACAACUUGAAUGUACAGUAUUUUA